CACCAUUUUUUUCCAAAACGCCUUGCUGCCAUGGCAGCCUUUCCUCAGCAACCUCAAAGCAUUGCUAUCAUUGGUGGUGGGGUUGCUGGCUUGCAAGCGCUGCGUGCGCUUGAGAAUCUACCGGAGCUGGAGAAAAUUGUCCUCUUCGAGAAGUCGGAGGACAUCGGUGGUGUGUGGCGAGGACAAAACUACGCUGGAUAUGGGGCGCAGGUGAAAAGGGAGCAGUAUUCCUUUGUUGAGUUGAGCUCCAGCCAUUUGGAUGUCUAUCCAACUGCUCGGCAACUGAAGCUCCACUGCGAAGACUAUGUCCAGACCUUUUCCCUUCGACCCUUCAUUCGCCUUGGGGUGGAAGUUCAACAUCUGCAGCGAGGCAAUGGAUGUUGGAGGUUGGCUUUGAAUGAUGGAACCAGUGAGGACUUUCACUUUGUUGUGCUGGCGGUUGGAAACUUCAACCAGAAAUUUCUCCCGGAAGUCUCCGGCGCUGAGAGUUUUAUGGGACAGAUCCUUCAUAGCUCGGACUUGCUGGAGCCUGAGCUGGUGCGCGAGCAUCAUGUGGUGGUCGUAGGCUAUGGCAAAUCUGCUUUGGAUUGCUUCAUCUUGGCUGCAAAAGAGGCAAGUUCUGUGACGUUGGUGGCUCGAAGCCCCGCAUGGAUUUUGCCUCAGAGAUUUCUGGGAAUUCCCUUGGAAUAUUUGGCAUCGACACGAUGGUUUGCCAAUCUGGUGUUUCCACCUUACCACGAUGCCAGCUUCCUUCGUCGCUUCUUGGGAGAUCUCUUUUGGCCGUUCCAGACGCUACUGUGGUGGAUUUUGUCGCCAAUCCUCUGGGUGCAUUUCUGGUUACCUUGGUCGAUGCUACCAAAGUUUUCGUUGCGUUGGCAGCUGUGGCAUGGACAUUCUGUGUCCAUUUGCAAUGCCCAGAAGGUCAAGGAGGCGUUCGACAAACCAAAUGCUCAUUGCAUCCGCGGGGAGAUUUUAGGCUUCACAGGGACAGGUGUUCUGGUCGAAGAUGCGACGACGAAGCAGCACAUCGAGCGAAAAGCGGAUGUGGUGGUUUUCGCCACGGGCUACACUGAAUGUUGGUCUAAACUCUUCGACCAAGAGACAUUGGCAUCGCUGGACCCUGCAGGGGAUGGCUCGCUGGAGCUGUACAAGUUGAUUUUGCCGAGCAAUCUGCCCGGGCUGGCAUUUGUGGGUCGCGUCUUGACCACGUGUGACAUUGUGACCUCCUUCGUUCAAGCGCAAUGGCUAGCAGCCCUGCUGGCGGCCCGUUUCCGCUGGCCACCUGAAGUCCUGCGCAACGCCUGGAGCCAACGCUAUCGGCGCUGGCGGGAGAGCGUGGGGCCCUUGGGACCCAGGGGGCAGACCUUCGUGGCGGUGCCCAGGGUGUUUUCCUACUUGGAUGAACUUUUAUCUGACCUCGACCUCCCAAAGUCCGGAGGGUCCUUCAGCUGCCGGCGCUUCUUCUCGCCCCUGGCGGCCCGCAACUUCACCCCCGUGGCGGGUCGUGGUCAGAAGCUGGUGCCGCUGAAGACGCGGGCGGAGGCUUAAAAAAA